UAGAUGGGUAAAUGAAUAGAUGCAGUCCGUGGCGUCGCAUUCAUCCACGAUCCAUGUCCAGUCAUACAGCGUGCUUAAAAUCGCUUAUACUUCCGGGCGAUAAAGAAACGGUUGGGAUAUAGUUUUAGUGCCUUGUACAGUUUUAUUUUUCUUGAAAGCAAAGGAAGGAUUAUAUGUACAUUGUAAAUUUGAUCUACGUUCACUUCUUCUUUUUUUAGUAGCAAAUUUAAAACCAUUUCGUCUUAAAAGUGUGCUAAACGACAGAACAGCCUUCAAUAUGCAGUCUUUACAAACAAGGAUAAUUGCACUUUUGCUCAUUUUGGGGUUCAUUAUUUCGGCUUUGGCUGCGCCACUCAAAGAAGACAGACAAAAUGAUGAAACAGAUGUACAAAAGGUCGAAAAUGUAGUUGCAUCACAAAACAGAGAGGUAGAUGACACACAGCUGAAGCAGGACCAAGAAACGGAAGACGGCCCUGUUGACGUUGAAGGAGAUAACACACCCGACGACGACGACGACGAUGAUGACAGGGGACAGGAGGUUAUCAAUUACCAAGACAUUCAAGUCGACCAUAACAGUAAAGUCACCAGUGAAAACGAAGGCAAAAAUAAAGAGACGGACAGUAAAAACGAAGAAGAAGAGGAAGGCACAUUCGAUGAUUUGAUUGAAGAUGACGACGGGGAGCAGUUUGCAGAUGAGAAUGAGCCAGAGAUGGAAAAAGAAGAAGAGGAGGAAGAAUCUGAGUACAUGCUGACACCUGCUGCUGCGCGUGAAUUAAUGCUAGAACUGAGAGAUCCUGUCGAAGUUGCCAAAUUUGUUGUGGAAACGGACGAUGCUGCUGGCUUCCUCAGGGCUCUCAGAUUACUCUUACACGAUGGAUAUAUUAGUGAAGAAGAAGCAUAUGCUCUCAAGGAUGAGGUGGCAGCACAGCUUAGAAAUCUUCUUAUGCUUCAACAAGUUGAGUUAUCAAGGGCGCUGUUCGAAACCUAUCAGCCACAGUUAGAAGAGGGCCCAACGGAAGACUUGGAUGGACUUCUCUACAACCAGAUGGCCCAACCUGCCGAAUAUUAUGACUACGCUAACAUGAUCAACCAAGAUGAAGUGCCAUAUGGAAGCUCUCAAAUGAACCUUUAUGAUACCUACCAAGACGCCAUUGAACAGGAAAGUUCUCAAGCCUUAGCGGAGAUAGCCGAGAUACUUGCCCAAAGGAUUGCACGAGGUGAAAUCUCACCGGAAGAUGGCGCUAAAAUCAUGAGCAAAGUUGUACAGCUCCUUCCAGACAACUACUGGGGAGAGAGCGAAGAAGAUGUUAGCUCAGUCGAUCUCGGGCUUUCAUCACAAACAAGCGAGUUCAUUGGUGAGGACGAGCCGGUGGAACGGUAUGGCCAAGUCGAACCAGAGAUGGAAAACUUCGAGGAAGAACUCCUGGCACAAGGACCGGAUGCUGGAUGGGUCAAGGAAAUCAAAGAGACGGACCAAAAUGGGGACGAGGAUGCCGUCGAAUUAGACGAAGAAGCAGAGAAGAUCGCGGAUGAACUGGAAGAUGAGCUUCGAGAAGGAGGCAAUCCAUCAAAAACAGAAUCCAUUGAAAUCAACAAACCUGGUGCUGAUGCUGUCGUAAAAGUUGGUCCCUCAAAUGAGGUCAUUGAUGAGGAUGUGGAAAAGAACUGGAAAGACAUGUCUCUACUACUCGAUAACGACAUUCCAGAAGAUAUCUUGAGAAGCCUUGGUAUCGCCAUGACAAAGCCGGGCAACAAGUAUGAAAAUGAAAUGGAAGAUAAGAUGGAGAACGAAAUGAAGGAGUUAGAAACAAAAGAAGAAGACGAUUAAUUUGAGGUCAUUCAAGACCUUUCCCUUUCUCCUCCUUCCACAGAUAGGUUUGAAAAUCAGAGACUGCAAUGGAUGAACGUGUUGGAUAUUCAGCAAUAGCAAUAUGUUUUGUGGGACAGAAGUAUUGCCCCCCCCCAAAAAAAAAAAAAAUUACACGUACCUUACAGUGACAUCUAAGGGAGCAUCUAAAAUCGGUUGACUCGACUCAGAAUGAAUUGUAUUUCGUUUACUUUCAAAUAAGAACUACUUAAUGAACUAAUAUAUUUAAAACCCAUCUUAAGGUUUCAAUGAUGACAAAGAAACGGAACACUUCUGUUAUUUUUUUUCAAACAAUAUAUUUGUAAUCGAAUUAGAGGAAAAUUGAGGGGGAAGGUGAUUUAAUCACCCCAAACUUAUUAAAUACGUAGUGUUGACGUGUUGCGUUGAAAGUACCACCCUGCUACGUUUCACCAUGGAUGCAAAGAGUUUGACAUACGGUUUAUGUAGUCUCUGAUUUUCAUCACUUUCCUUGCAUCGAUCUUUAAUUUGCAUCGAAAUUCAUCUCCUUUGCUCUUCACUCUAUUUCUCACACAUCAUUCUGUAAAGAUCUAAUUUCCACAAUUUUAUUGCUAAUUGAUUUGUUUUAAUUUGGUUUUAUAUUAAUGUGAAGAUGUUGAUUUACAACGCAAUUGGUGUCGACACCACACAUUUCUUUAUUUGAAUUUGACGCGCACAUAAAUCACCUAUUUGGGUUAAUUUUAAAUCACUUUAAACAAUGUUGGUGUCAAAGUGCUAUAACUAAACUUAAAAUGAUGAGCACUUACUUGGUACAAUAUUUUCAUUCAUUGAUUUGUAAGAUAUCAUAUUCUGAUCAUACUGUCAUAUUUCUAUUGUGUAAUAACAUUUUUAAUAAAAUGAUCAAAUCAAUAAGUGAUUAAUUACUUUCUUCUUAAACAUGUUGAAUCUCAAAUUCUAUUUAUUCACACGAAAAAUAGUGUAAAAUACAACCCAUUUUGCAAAGUUGGGUCAGUGUAUGUGCGCCGUUUUUGUCUGUUUGAUUCUGACGUAUAUGGCGUUAACGGCCCGUCAUACCUUAUUGGUGUUUUUAUUUACAUUAAUGACAGGAAAAAUGUAAUGUAUUUUUGUGCCCACCGUAUCAUAUGGGGAUGUGAAUAUAAGUUUAAAAAAUCUUUAUUUUUAAUCUAUUUAAAUACAUUAGAAUUAUAAAUCAUUAAAAAGGAUUUUUGCUUUUAUGAAAUGCUUCGUUUGUUUUCUUUCUUUCCCUUUUCUAUUUUGUUGUAUAUUCUAUCUAUCUACCUAUCUAUCUAUCUAUCUAUCUGUCUGUCUGUCUGUCUGUCUAUCUAUCUAUCUAUAUUAUAUCUUUCUUUCUUUUUCUAUAUAUCAAUGUUUGUAUUACACCAUUUUCACACUUCCCCUAUUUCUCCCUUUCUUAUAUUUAUCUUCAUUAUGAAUCUAUCACAUGUUUGUUUUCGGGGGCUUUUACAUCAAGUUUAUUAUUAUUUAUUUAGUUAUCAAUACAAAAUUUGAUUUUACUCUACAUUAUUCUCAAGUCAUUGUUUCCCCCUCACUUUCUCUCUCAUUCAGUUUGUGUGUCUGUAUGUCUGUCUUAAACUCAUUUUCUCUUUGUCACUCACUACUUGACACCUUUUCUUAUUAUCUCGACCUGAAUGGUCAUGUUGGUUGUUUUGUUUUCUCUUUGUGCAACUUUACACUUUCUUGUAAGUAUUUCAUCUCUACGAGCUUUAAAUUUUCAUAAAGAGAAUCUAUGAAUAUAUUGUACAGUAUAUAAAACAUUGUAUCAUAAUUCUGGUGCAUCUACGUUAUACAGAAAAAUCGGAAGACUACUCUAAUUGAUGUAAUUACAACAUAUAGAUGUGAUAGCUCUAGUUGUAAGUGGUCUUAGAAAAAUGUUCUUUUAUCAAAAACGUAUAAGCACAUAAAAAAGCCGUAACUAUUUUUACAGUCGCAUUUUUGUCACUACCGGUGCAUACAGAGAUAGGUUUACAGGCUGUCGGAUUCUUUCUGCUAAUCCUAGGCCAUAUCAAAUGUUAAAUUGAAGAAAUGGUUAUACGAUUGAUGUGAUGACUUUCAUAUUUUUUUAUUCUUCAUAUUAUCUGUAAAUGUCUUGUUAUAUAACACGCAACUGAAAAAUAAAACCAUCUUUUACUUUAUUCAUCUUUAUCCAUAACAUGGGUUGUUUCAUAAAACACUAAUUCUAAAAAAAAAUUAAAAAAGGUCACAAACGAUGUUACGUACACUAAAAUAUUUAGUGUCAAGGUGUGAGCACCAACAGCACCAACAAUAGGUUCCAUUAUAGAUUUCAAAUGGUUUUUCUUUCAAUUCGUGGCAAAUUACAUAUUUUGAAGUUCAAACUAUAUUAGGAGAAAUAAUGAUGGAAAUCUGUAUUCUUCACCCCUAGCUAACGCACCAAAGAGAGAGUGAGAAACUAAUAUUGGCUUUCCAUAAACCAGUCAUUCGUAACUCUCUGAACAAGUUUAUAAAACACACCUGAUCAAUGUUUCCCAUGUUAACACCUACCAUAAAACUCACUGGUUGCAUAUUUUGAUUAUCAUUUCACCAUCAGUUUCUAAACCAAAAAUGGUGAAAUGUCGAAGAAAAAUGAAGAUGUAUGAUAUAUAGAUUUCCAAGUGACCCAGAUAAGGUUUUCUGACAUUUCAACAUGAGGGCGUUUUCAUCAGAUUUAGUUCUCGCUAUUUUUGUUAGCUUGAGAAGUCAUGCUCGAGGCCUACAUGACGUACUCCACUAAAUAAGAAACGUAAAAUGAUUUAUACACUCUAUUUUCUAUUACAAAAUGUAAUCAAUAGUGAAAUUCAGUCUCUUUCUUUGAUAAAAUAUUGAAAGAGUGAUCCAAGAGUACUUAGUUGGCCUAAUCCAGCAAAAUGCCAACUAGUUUGCCAGAUUAUUGUCGUAUAACGACUUGUAUGAUUCUUCAUUCUAAAUGCCAUAAUAUCUCUUCAUACUUUCAGUUCAUUGCUCUCUGGAUCUUGUAUAUUCCAUAUGUAAAUACGUAGGAGAAAAUAAUUUCAUGUCGCUUAAAAGAAGGCGAUGAACACACUAACUCGUAUGACCAAAAUAUAGAUACGUGUAUUAUGGCAUCAUUGUGCGGCUUUGAUUGUAUGAAAUAGCAGUAUGUUGUGGCAUCGCAAAGAAUGGGAUCAUAUUUGCAUGAAAUCAAAUAAGAUGUUAUAGAUUAUCACUCAUGUAAUGGGGGUGUAGAAAUAUACGCCGUGUCGUUAUGAAACACAAGGCUAUAGGAUUAUGUUUUAGCUGUAGUCAUAAUGACUGAAUAUUUGGGUAAUGAGUUGGGGAAAUUAUAUUUUGUGAUUUUAUCUUAAGGCUAUUUUUCAUUCAAUUUGUUUUAUGGUUAUCAUGUACGGGAUUUGAUCGAAUUUAAAAGGGUAAAAUCAUUUCACGUAAGUCCACAUGUUAUGUUAAUUUUACUUGUAUGCAUUGGCAUGGUUUCACAAUAACCCCACUGAAAAUUGGGAGAAAAUGAAAAACGAAAAAGAAAAAUAGUCUUACAUUAAAAUAUGGCACUGUGUAUCAUUUUUUAUUUUAUCCAGCACAUUUUCAUUCUUAAAUACUGUUGAAUCAUUACUUUUGUCUCUCUUUGUGCUUAUUUUUUUUAUUCUGUAAUAUUAUUUACAAAGUUGCCCUAAAUCUUGUGUACUGCUGAUGAACUGAUGUAACCACCUUGUUAUUUUAUUUCAAUGUAACUCUUUUUCCCCCUGCAAAUACACCACAUGCAAUUAUAUUAGCCCAAUCAACAUGUUUGAAUUUAUAUUUUUAUAAUAUAUAAUUUAUUUGUUAAAUCGACAUUUACUUUGUUGAUGUUUUACAUUACGUAUAUGGAUUAUUCUCUUAUUGUAGUCCAAAUCUGAAAAAAAUCGAAAUAUUUUUAAAAAGGUGUACUCGUUAUCAAAAGCUCGUCUUCUGAACACCUUGAUGAUUUAUGUUUACUGCAAGGAUUAUUUCCCUCUAUCCCUCCUCUAAUUCCUGUCCAUGUGAAGAUAUUCCACUCUCCUCUGUAAUAUCUUUCUCCAUCCUCCUCCUUCUCUACCCCUCCCCAUUUGCCUCUCUCAAUCUCCCACCCCCCCCCCCCCUCUCUCCCCUCUCUCUCUCAAACUAUCGUAACUAUAAGCUAUAUGAAAUUUCUGAUGCACAUUGGAAGUAUUGUACAUGAUGAUAAAAUUAAGUAAAGCUGAAAAUUGUUCUCAGUUCUUCUCAGUUUACGCUGAAUAUUAAUAAUCCAGGCAGCCUCUGCUAUGUUGCCUCUCUCGAAACCACUAGCUCUUUGUUGUCAAUUUUCGUUGAAUAAAGUGUGCUGAAUAAAAUAAUGAUAUCUCUA